UGCAACUAAACGUACAGGUCCUGUUUCGGUCCUCCACCAAAAUGUCCAGUCUUUAACUAAUGCCAUCGAUAACUUAGAAGAUAUGGCACAAUUAUAUAACUUGACAGCAAUAUGUUUGACGGAACAUUGGAAAGAAUAUGAACAGUUAAAGAACCACAAUAUAGAAGGUUUUUGUAUAGCCAGUGCGUAUUGUCGUAGUGUAUACAAACAUGGAGGAAGCGCCAUUUAUAUAAAAGAAGGUAUCCAAUAUCAGGAAAGAAGGGAUCUUGUUAAACUGUCAAUUGAAAAGAUCCUGGAAAUCUCUUCCAUCGACGUGAAGAUAGAUCACGAUACAGCACAAAUCAUAACAAUAAACGAGCAGAUGCAGCAAGGCCAAAAAUGUCAAUAUAGAAGAAUUAUAACACCAAAUCACAUGCAAAUUUUAGCUGACAGUCUAAAACUUCAGGACUGGAGCAUCUUAUACCUGAGGAUGAAAUAA